AUGUUUCCGAUUAAUCAAGAAAAAACAAAGCAAAUUACGUUGGAUAAAAAUAAUCCAAUAAAAGAGAAGUUAAAGAUGAAUGCUUGGGAUAAAAUUGCAACUUGGGCUUAUUCGGUUGGUUUACCCUUCAAUGUCGUGCGUGACGAAAGUAUGCCAGCUCCAUCUUAUCAUAAUAUUCACGUCACACUGAUGAAAAAACGUUUAGAAGAUACUCAAAAGUUUGUGGAUUCGUUCCGGCCACAUUGGGAGGAAUAUCGGUUAUUUUUGAAAUCAAUUGAUGCAUCAGAGCAUGUGAAGAAUGCUCAAUUGAUUGUGGAGAUGAUAAAUGAGGUGAUAAAAGAUGUUGGAGAGGAGAACAUGUUCAUUACAGACAACGGGUCAAACUUUAAAGUUGCCGGAAAGAUUUUAGAAGAACAACAUCCAAAGUUGUUUUGGACUCCGUGUGCAGCACAUUGUGUGAAUCUCAUGAUAGGAGAUAUUGGUGAGAAAAUACCAAAGAUAAAGACUGCUCUGACUGAUGCGAGAGCAAUAGUUGUUUACAUUUACAACCACAGGAGGAUUCUUAAUCUGAUGAGGAAGUUGACAAAGAACAAGGAGUUGCACAGGUCUUGUGUAACUAGGUUUGCAACACAGUUUUAUACUAUUCAGAGUAUCCACGAGAAUCGACAUCAUAUUCAAGUAUUGUUUGUUUCUGAAGAAUGGAGGAAAAGUGACUUUGCAAAGCAGGCAGUUGGAAAGAAAGUCGAGCAAAUAGUGGCAAGAAAGGAAUUUUGGGAUAACAUACACUUAGCUUGUCAAGUCCUAGCUCCUUUGGUAGAUGUUGUCAGGUUGGUUCAUACAGAAGAUAAGCCAUGUAUGGGUUACAUCGAUGAUGCAAUGGAUAUAGCAAAGGAGCAAAUCAAGAAAAAUCUCACUGGGACACCUAAUGAAAGAAUGAUCACUACAGUUUGGGCUAUGAUUCAAACAAGAUGGACUGACCAACUUCAUCAUCCAUUACAUGCGGCUGGAUGUUACCUGAACCCUGCCAUUUUUCAUGGGGAAAAUUCAAGGGAGAUACGAAAGAACAGAGACAUUGCGACAGGACUUUAUGUUGCAAUUGAUCCUGCUAUAAGGGCUAGAACAAAAGUUGCACCAUAUAUAUGGUGGCGUACUUAUGGGAUCGACACACCUUUGCUCCAAACAUUUGCUAUCACAGUCCUUAGUCAAACAUGUAGUGCUUCACCUUGUGAAGCUACAUUCAAUGAAAAGAAAUUGUCUUUUACAACAAAAAAUGAUCUUGUAUUCAUCCAAUACAACACAAGGUUACAAAGACGCUUCAACUCGUUAAAAGCCAACAGAUCUUUGGAUCCUAUUUUAUUGAGAGAUGUAGAUGAAAAUGAUGAUUGGGUUAUACCAACAGAAGUUAAGCUUCAAGAGUUUGUUGAUGGUAGAGAUGGUCUUCUUUGGUCAGCUAUGCGAGAGCCAAUGGGAGGAACCGAAGAAGUUAGGGUAACUGCUAGGAGCAAAAGAGAUAGCUAUAGAGAUGAUAACGAUGAUGAUGAUGAUAUUCGAGUUGAAGUGGAAGAUCUUGAUGAACAAUUGGAUGCCUUAGGUGAUGUGGGCUCGGAGGAAGAUUUCAUGUCUUACGAUUAG